AUGGAGGGGCUACAUACCGAGCUUGAGCCAGGGAAUGAUGUUGAUUUUAUAGUAGGGCAUGAGCAACUACCUCAUAAUCCUGAAGAUCCUCUGCUUUGUACCAAAUAUUUCAGCUAUGACCACACGGGCAGUGAAAAAUCAAUCAGACUGAAUCUAAAGGGCCUAACUCGUGACUCUGAUGGAGCAAUCUUUGUGUCAACAACACAGCAAAAGCCUUCGUAUACAACUUCUAAAUGGAAAGGAACAAAGUAUGGUGCUAAACAUCUUGAGAUUCACACUUGAGAUGGAGACUACAAGCAAGGAAUCUACUACGUUGCUGUCAGUGGCAAUAGGAAAAUGAAGAAUGAGCUCAGGCUAUCCUUAACUCUGAUAGAGCCUAUCGAGAUUACUCAGAUUGACGAAGGAAUAAUUGAAGGAGAGAUUGGGAUAGGAGAGAAUUCCAUCAAGCAUCACUUUUUCCAAGUUAGAAAGAUCGAUAAUCUCAAGCUAGAGAUUCAUAUAUCUCCUGGAUUUCCCAAAUGUGUUGCCUAUUUAUCCAACAAAAAUGCCCAUUUGCCUAUUAGGGAAUGAGACUGGGCAGUUGGGCUUUUUAAGAACGAUGAACUUUCUAAAGACAUAUAUAAGAAUUUUGAAAUUUGAAAUCCUUUCUAUGUAGAUCAUGAUUCCAAGAAAGUGAGGUAUGACCCAACCCUCAGAUCAAUCAGCACCGAAUUUGGUGAUCUUUCUACUUUAGAGCUUGUAAAAAUUAGGCAUCGAUCAACUCUGAAGCUGAAAUUGCUUAACGAAUAUGAAGAGAAAAAGCGAAACGAGGAGGAAGACAAAGAGCAAGAAUACCUCCCUCUAGCUCACAAAUGCAAGCAAUUUGAGGUAUCUGAAGAAACAAUCGACAAAAAUAUGGAUGCUGUUAUAAAAUAACUUGAGGGAAGAUUUGAUCGAAUUAAACCAGAGUGGUGACAACACUCCAAAGUGACCAUAUAUCGUCUGCCUCGAUGUAGAUGCUUUCAAAUUUUCAAAGGGCUUUUGCUACUUAACUUUGGAAAACCUCUCAGGGGAGGAGAUGCCUUACAAGAUUGAAAUCAUAGAGAAACAUGAGUUUGAUAUCUGAGAUAAACACACUCAGAAGUUGAAUCAGAUCCAUAACCAUAUUUUCUCUCAGGUGAAUCCCUCACAAGUUUCACAUAAGGAGCGGGAGAGGCUAAAUUUGAAUUAUUUGAGUCAAUAUACUUACGGAGAAGUGGAAUUCAGACAUUUUUAUCCAGUUCUAAACAUCAUCAAGCCUAAGAAAGGCGAAGUGUUCUGGGACAUUGGCUGUGGAGCAUGCAAGCCAAUGAUCAUAGCAGCCAUGUGCUUCCCUGUCUUGAAAGCAGUCAAAGGAGUUGAGUAUGUAGACGGGGUUUAUGAGCUUGGUAAGCAAAAUAUUGAAAUUUUGCACGAAGAAAUGAGCAAGAAUGAAGGGCUCGAGUAUUGCAAAAAUAUUGAAAUCCAACAUGGUGACUUAUUAAAGACAGAUUGGAGCGAUGCAGAUAUCCUUUAUGUCUCCUCUGUCUGAUUUAGCGAUGAAAUGCUUGAAGGUAUUAAUGAGAUGUCCAAUGAUUGUAAAAUCGGAUCCAGAAUGAUAACCUUGAAAUUACUCCCUGAAAAUCCGAACUGGACAAAGCUAAGAACAUUCAGAGCGAAGAUGUCAUGGGGACCUUCAGAAGUGUACAUAUUCCAAAAAACCACUUAGU